AUGUUCGGAAAAGUGUUGACGACUUCGGUUUUAGUCGCGCUCGCACUUGCUGCGCCUUCCACUGGUGAGUCCUCUUGCGAUCCGCUUAGCUUGUGUACCAAAAUAUUAAAGCGACCGUCCGCUUCAUGACUUUCGUGAAACAGUCGUAUCAUUUCAGAAGAAGGCAAGAGCAGCAAGCGUCGUCAAUACAUCACCCCGCUGGCGGGAGCCGCGCAAGUGCCGCGUAACCCUGUGCUCUUCGCGGCUCCAGCUCCAGCCCUAGUGCGUCCGGCAUACGCCCCGGUCCCAGUGGCCGCCGCCCCGGCCCCACUUCUCCAGCAGCCGGCCGUUGUCGCGCCAGUCGUGGCGCCAGUCGGACAGUGCCCCGGCGGACCAUCGCUUCCAAUUGAGUGCGAUCCGAAGAGACCGUGGCCACAGUGCCCGCCACAAUCCUACUGCUACGCCACCAAUUCGGUCGACAUCGGACCAUACUUUUGCUGCCCAAUCUGUAAGUGGAGAUCCGUGUUGUAGCCAACAUUAACAGUGUGAAUCGACGCGGCGCAAAGUGUCAACACACAGGCGGCUGCUGCCUUUCUUUUGAGCAAAAAAGAGACUUCCGGGGGGGCAGUCAAUAUUUGUUCCCUCUCCUUUUCAUCUCUUCCGCACUUUACACGUUUCAGGGUCGACGUACGGAGCCGCGUGGCGCCCGGCCGCUCCAUUCUACAACUACGUGCCGCCGGUGCCAGCCAACUGGCCGGACGUCGCCAGAAUGACGGCCAACUGGCCAGCCGCGGCCGUCGCGAUGCCCGUGAAGGCGAGGAAGCAGCAGAAGAGCGAGGGCGACGAGGAGAACGAGGACGAGGAGAAGAUCGGAUCCGCCAUUGACGGAUGGGUUGAGCGUCAAGCGAAGCUGGUAAGAUUCCCGAAAAAAACCUGAACUACAACUCUCACUUUUCAGUAA